AAAUGACAGUUAACUUCAACAUGACAUUGACAAUAAUGGCGAGGGUUUGUGGCACAUUGAACCAGCUGAUGUUUAUUAAAAAUAAAAACAUAAAUGUUUUAAAAUAAGGUAUUAAUAUUUAAAUAAGAAAUCGUGUCAAUAAAUAUUAUGGUCCAUCAAAUAUCAAGUUAUAGCUUUAUCGUGUCUGUGAAAUGAAAUAAUCGCAACAAUGGCUUCGCAAUGUUUCUUGUUAAAUUUAGACAGAAACCACUCACAGAAUGCAUCUUUAAGGAAUGUUGCGAAACCUCUAGUAGCGAAGGAAAAGGUAAUGUCCUAUGAGGAGAAAUCAGUGGGAUCUACACCGUUUUUCAAAUGCGAGGCUUGUCCUUACAUGGCACUUGCUGAAGACGAUAUAAAGUUUCAUUUAUUUACUGUGCACCCUGACCUCGCUAAAAGAAACGGUUUAGCUGACAAUAUUGAAAUUGCUUGCCCAGGCUGUACUAGCGUCUUUGAUGCAGAAGAAACAUUGAGGACUCAUUUACGCAACCAUCACAAAAUGGGAAUUAAAGAUGUGAAAAAAAUGGUCAAAAGUCUGGUCCAAAUUGCCUUGAAAAACGCGAAAUUAAAGAAAGAAGAUAAAAUAAACUCUGACUCACCAUUAAUGCCAAUACAACAGGAUAUAAAUGAUGUUAAAAUUCCACAAGUAAUUGAAAUUGUUCCUGAUAGUAUGAAUACCAAUAAUGGCUUGCCAAAAGGUGUUGCAUUCAUAUCGGUAGACGAGCUUAACAAUAUGAGUACACCUAAUUUUGAAAAAAUUGACCCAAAAGAAAUUAUACAAGAAGCUAGCAUAAAUAUAGUGUAUACUAACGAAACGUCUCCAAAAUACAUGAAUGUAUCUAACGCAGGGAACUCAAGCAGCACAUGUAAUGUUAUUCAAGUAUCAAGUAUUACACCUGAUUUAUUAUCAUCAAUACCAUCCAGAAUAGCAAACAUGGAAAGCAAAAGUAUGACUUCACCCAUUGCAUUAGAUACAAAUGAACAGGCAUCUUUAACAGACCGAAAACCUGAAGACAGUACUGACAAAAUAUCUACAGUUGAUAAAAACAUAGAAGUUUGUUCUAUAGAUGGAUGCUCUACUCUUUUAGAAGACAGUAAGAAUCUUACAUAUCAUAGAAAAUGCCAUCAGAAUGGUAAGCUCAUAUGUCCUGAAUGUGCACGAACCUGUCUCAAUGAAGAAAUGCUACACACACAUUUGUGGAAAAUACAUUCUAUUGAUAUGGAAUUGCCUACGUGUGAAGUGUGUGGCUUUAAAACCUACAAGAAAUAUAGAUUGUUUAACAUACACAUGAAAUGCCAUGAGAAAGGAAGGGCAUAUGCAUGUCCCAUAUGUACAAAGAGAUUUAAAAAUUCAAACCAAUUGUCAAAACACAAAUUGAUUCACAAAAAGGUUUCGAAGUGUACCAACUGUCAGCAAGAAUUUAGUAAUGAGAGACGGUUGCGACUUCAUGUGGCAGCAGUCCAUGAAAAAGUUAAGCCGUUCAAUUGUUGUCACUGCGACUAUACUGCUGCUAGAAAACAGGAAAUGAAGAGACACUUGAGAUCACACACAGGUGACAAACCUUACAGUUGCGACAAAUGCCAAUACAGAUUUGCCGACCAUAACGCCUUACGGAGGCACAAGAAAUUGCAUUCCAAUGAGAAUCUCUACAAGUGUAAAUAUUGUCCAUACACCGCCAUCCAGUCCACAAUAUUUGCUUCACACAUGAUCUCUAAGCAUCCGAAUGUCAGUUCGAAUGAUCUACAUCGCUGCCCUUUCUGUCGUUUCAAAUCGCUCAGCAAGGACAAAUAUGUGGUACACCUCACUACGCAUCCAGACAAAGAAGGCAUACAACUUCUCAUAGAAAUGACUAAAACCAAACAAAAUAAACCUAGUUGGACUAUACCUAGCAACACCAAUGAAGAGAAUCAAUCCACCGACCAUGUAGCCAGCGAACAGAACAAAGAAAAUAACACAGCAUUCAGUACAAUACCUCCCGAUGUCUACGACUGUUAUAAUCUCUCUGAACCAUCACCACAAAAUUACUCCAAAAGUUAUUGUACUGAGUCCAAUAAUGACAUGCAGCAAGCAAACUUUAACCCCCAAGAAAUAACUGAUCUCAGUAAAGACGACAACAACUCGGACUGUCUUAUUUCUGAAAGUUCUGAUGACACUUUGUUGGAUAGGCUACAAAUGAAUUAUGAAAACAACCAGUCUAAUCUACAUGGAUUCUUAAACAGUGCAGUGCCAAUGGAACAGUCUUUACUGGAAAGCAAUAAUGUUAGUUCCCUAGCUUCUAGUCACCCUUCAAUAGCGAACAGUUGUAAUAACAUCAUGAACAAUUUUCCUAUAAGGCUUCCACCUGCGCCGCAAAUAUCCGUCCGCAACAACAUUAUGCUCAAACCUGUGGACAAAUUAUCAUUCCCAAUGUCAAAAGUCAGUGGGCCUAUAAUAACAACAACACAAAUACUGCCGGUUCCAUCGUCCAGCAGCUCCCCUGUUAACAUCUCGAUGGAACCGGAAGGUGUGCCCCGAAAGAAACCUAAAAUCUCAGUCAAAAGCAAUCUGAUACUGAAGGGUCCGGAUCAAGAAAACAUGUUCCAUUCGCAGCAAAAGAUGGCUUUCAAGAGGCUAGAAGAUAAUGAGAGGUUCGGGCUGGGGCGGCCGAUGACAUUCAAUAAUCUCAUCACGACACAGUUCAUGCAGCUGCAGCCAGGGCCGACGCUCAGCGACUCUCCGAGCAACAUGAUGUCUUACCAGCAGGAGACCAUGUUGGAUACUGCCUCGACGCCCGUGGACAAUGAAAUCAAUGACAGUUCCCAAAUGUUCACGUUCAACCAACAGAUGAACGUCAACACGAUUACUCUGCUUCCCCCACCGCAAAAAAUACAAACGAACGACCCGAGCUACAUAAAACUAGAGGCAACAAUCAAGCAGAACACUCAGUCUCCGAGCUUGGAACGAAUGUGCAACGCCAACUUGCUCAAUACUCAAGCGAUAAGUAGGGAAUAUAAGGCAUCCCCUCCUCUAGAGGACAUUCAUAAGAAUAUGAACGAAAUUAAGAACGAAGUGAAGUCAGAUUCUUUUUAUAACAUUGCCUUGAAUAACUCUGCAGCAAAUCCUCCUUUAAUAGAUCAAUAUUUGAUAGACAACAUAAUAGGUGAGCAAUAUUCUGGCCACUUGGAUUUGUCUUCUGCGGUGCUACCGGAGGUAUCGGACGAUCAACAGAACGAUGUCAUCGAAAUAGAUGACAACUCGGACGACAAUAAACUGUUGCCUCGUUUCGAUAUGAAUUUUCCUUUAGAGUCGUUGUACGUUAUGCACAAUGAUUUCCAUUUCCUUGAAAACGAGAUCACAACGAACAGCAUGCCAGAAGUGCCCGUCAAUGAGAUCGGCAGGAUGGUUACCGAAGUUCCCAUCAUAAACCAGAAAGACACGUUAGAUGUAGUGACAUCGGAGAGUUCAAAUAGCGACUUCCAAAAUUUUAUACAAGGCAAAAAGGACCCUAUGAUGAAUACAUGCGUGCGACCUUGUACUAAUAAAAUAAACGUCAAAAACAUAGAACUAAUGAAAAAUUAAUAUUAAAUGCAUAAUAUAGAUUUCUGUAUGAUUUUAUAAAUAGACAUUUUAUAAGACUGUUUAAUUAUCAAGAAAUUAUUGAUUUAAUGCACUGUUUUAUUUAAUUAAUACAUUGCUUUUAUGAUAUACCGCUAUAUAGUCUUUACUGGUCCUGACUUCUUGACUUUUGUACAGUUUCCAGUUUUCGCUGACGUCACCAAAUGGCCUUGGGUCUGUAUGGACGCCUUUGCCUUCACCCGGUCCUAUAAUAAUGAGGACAUUACCCGAGUAGUAAUUCAGAUAGUCUUCGAAUGCUUCUCUAUUGUUGAAAUAGCAGAACAUGAGCGCGGUAUUGUUCGACGCUCGUAGUACCGAUAUGAGGUCUCCUUCUAAUUUGGAAGGAGUAAAUAUGAGCGGCACAAAUGUGGGAGGAGCAUACUUGCAGUGCCACCAAGCCCCGUCAACCUCUACCCCUGAUACCGGAACACCUGCAAUUAAAAGGUAAUGCUGAUUGAAAUUCAUGUAUGAUUAUGUUUUUAUUUAUUUUUAAGCAUUUAACUGCUAGAUGUUUAAAUCUAAAGAAAAGAUUACUAGAAAAAAAUCCACGCGGACCAGGCAGCGGACGGGACCCGAACCCUUCGCAAUCCGGGCGAAUGCACUGACCAUUAUGCUACCACGGCCCUAUUGGCCGCGACGAAAUUUUCCCAGCCUUAAGCUGCAAGGCAGCGCCAUCUCUUCGCAUUGUAGGUAACCCACAAUGUCAAAUGAAUACUUUUUCAAGUAUUAAACAUUUGAAAGAAGAAAUAGCAAUUAUAGUCAUGUAUGAUAAUGAGAUGAAUGAAUGACAGUCUGGACCAUGAAGGUUAGAGAGAAGGAGAACGAUCGUUGUAGAAAGUGUCCCAGAAAUAUGGACAAAAUAAGUGAGGCGCUGCGAUCGCUAAGUUGUCUCAAUAAAGGCGGGCUGUUGUGCGCUAAUUUGUAAUUUGUAUAUUAUUCAACUAACUUCAUCUACUUGUACUUAUAAACAGCUAACUUCACAGAUACUACUUACCAACGGCAGCGCGGCUGGUGGCUGAAAAAUGAACUAUAAAUUCUACAAAUUUUCACUAAAAGACAACAUUUAUAUCAUGUGGCUAGCCAGAUAGCCAGAGAAAUGAAAAAAAAAGAUGAUAUUAUAAUAGGCUUUCUGGAGGAGAAUGAUUAAUCGGGCGCUUAUAAUGGAUCGGAGAAUCCCCAAUGCUCGGUAGGGCACUUUGUUCAGUGUUAAUGGGCUUUAUUUUAAUCUCCAAAUCCAAGAUGUCACUAACUAACCCCAGUUAGUGACAUAACUUAUGGGAAAUGUCUGGGAAUUCUAAGGCCGAUAAUUCGGCUCAAUUCCAACCGCUCUUGGUAUGUUAAAAUAGUUUUCUUUGGCAUUUAUGGCGC